GCCUCAUCGACCGUUAGCUUUCACGGUCACCACCUGGUUAAGGAAGGUCAGAUGUUUCCAGGAGCCCCCAUAGGUGUAUUCUCUUUCCCUGCGGGCGGACUGGGGCAGCCCAACGUUGUGGGCGAGGGCGAAGAUGGCCCACAGGCAGCAGAGGAAGUGUAGAACCGUCACGGUCCUCUGGCACUGUAGCCCCAAAGCCAUUUUGGGGCUGACGCAGAGCGGUGCCGGCGAAGGAAUAGGGAGGUGGGAAGCGGCCGGGGCGGCAAGCGCGGGUGAUGAGCACCGCGCAGGCGCCGUUGGAUCGCCUGGCCGCUUACCCGACCUCCGCCAUCUUGGCUGUGUUCGCGCGACUCGACGACGGAGCCUCUUGGGCUCGCGCGACGCCUUUGCACCUCAUAGAGGGCCGUGAGGGACCGUACCAUGUCAGCUUAGAGGGGAGGGUUUGGGGGAAAAUAAAAGGUAGAAGGGAACUGGUAAAAGACUUUCCGCAAGGAAGUCUUAGCAUCGGAAAGAGGCAACAGUCGCUCUUCCCUGGCUUUUCAUCCGGAAAGGUGCUGGUUCUGGGCUACUCCCUCCGCCAGGCAAAAAUGGACCACCAUGAGGGACAGGAAUGCACCAGGGUGUUGGAUCCUACCAGCUUUCAGCUGGGCCUGGAGUUGGACUAUACCAUCUGUGGAAAUGCUUCGCAGACCUAUUACACUGAUGGAAGAGCCUCAUACAUCAACAGGAGGCUCCUGAUUCAGGCUUGGAGGAAAAAAAUGUCCUGCCCCUCUAUUAGAGGCUUGAUGUGUAGAAAUGGGUGGUUGAAGCUGUGGUGGAAUGGGCCUGCUCCAGCAUGCAUGCAGGCCCUGUUCCACCCUGCCUUCCAAGGAUUUUCCCAUACCAGGAGAGGCUUUCUCUCAGGUAAUCAAUGCUCCCUUUAAGCUGUGGAGUUUUGUAAGCAAAAAAUUUUGCUUUGUGAGCUACUUGCAUUAAAGUUGUGAGCUACUGCAUAAA